CCGGCACCCUACCUGGCACAGCAGGGCCGAGACCACGGCAAGGGCUAGCGCGCUCCGACGGCCCAUGGUACCGCUGGACACCCUUGCUCUCCGAGAGUAUCCUCUGUUCUCUCUUCAAAGACCCAGGAAUGCCACGAAAGUCUAUGGUGACGCGUGGAGCACCGGCGGAGAGGCGUCUCUCGGCUCCAGGUGUGAUAAUGGGGGCCAGUUGUUUAAAGAGGGUGCGGAGCUUCAGAUACGUCCCUGGCAGGCUCUGCGAGGCACUGAAAAGGGCAACUUUCGGUUUCCUCUUCUGGCUUUCAGUCCACGAGUAGGUGAGGGUCGCCCGCUUUCUGGUUUUGUCUUAAGCUUCUUCGCGGAAGGAAAGAGGAAAAAGGAGAGAAGACACGGAGGAAAGAGAGUCCAGAUGUUCGGCUUAAUUCCCAAGAGAGCUUGCAGUGGCUUCCUUCGGAGGCCUAUUAGAGAGCGGCGCUCUGGAAAUCCCACCGGUGAGGCGAUAAUCCGGGGCCCCGAGGGGCGCGGUGGGAACGGACGGCGGCGGUGGCAAGAACUGCGGCGCGCGCCCUGCUUUCCCGGCCGGGCGUCACUCGGCGGCCACUGCCGCUCCCGGAGGGUACUGGACCGGUAUCUCUUGCGCCACCGCAAAACCCCGCGUCUUCUCCAAGAAUUCAGCCAAUGCCAUGCGAGAACACACACCCAGGACCGGAGGCCGAAGCGUGGGAGGCUCCGUGCCGCACCGGUGCUCUCCCGUGACCUGCCUCGGUCAGACAGGGUAACCGCGGGUGCACGCCGGAGGAUCUGGCCGAGGCAGGCGCCCGCCGCCCUUAAAUCCCGCCGGCCUCUCGCAUAACUAAUGAGAUGCAAAUGAGCAGCCCCCCAAUCUGGCGAGAGCUGUCACAAAGGAGCCACUUUUCCAAACCCUCCUCUCAAUGGAUCGCCAAAUGAUUCAUAGAAUCAAUUAUGGGAGUGAGAGGUUUACAGGGUUUUGUGGGAAGUACCUGCCCACAUAUAUGUACAGUAGUAAAUAUCCAAGAGCUGGCAGAGCGUCACAGAAACAAGUACCCUGGAUGUACCCCUACCAUUGUGGUGGAUGCCAUGUGCUGUCUCCGAUACUGGUACACACCAGAAUCCUGGAUCUGCGGUGGCCAGUGGCGAGAAUACUUUUCUGCCUUGAGAGAUUUUGUAGCGGCCUUCACAUCUGCCGGCAUCAAGUUGAUAUUCUUCUUUGAUGGCAUGGUGGAGCCAGGUAAGAGAGAUGAGUGGGUAAAGCGAAGACUUAAAAACAACAGGGAGAUAUCCAAGAUUUUUCACUAUAUCAAGUCAAAGCGAGAUCAGCCGGGCAGGAACAUGUUCUUCAUUCCCUCUGGGCUAGCCAUAUUUACACGGUUCGCUCUGAAGUCCUUGGGCCAGGAAACUUUCUGUUCAUUACAGGAGGCAGACUAUGAGGUGGCUUGUUAUGGUCUCCAGCACAACUGUCUUGGGAUCCUUGGGGAAGACACUGAUUACCUGAUUUAUGACACUUGUCCCUACUUUUCAAUUGGUGACCUCUGCCUGGAGACUCUGGAAACCAUCAUGCUCUGUCGAGAGAAGCUCUGUGAGAGUCUGGGCCUCCAUGUGGCAGACCUUCCUCUGCUGGCCUGUCUGCUUGGCAAUGACAUCACCCCAGAGGGCAUGUUUGAAAGCUUCCGGUACAAGUGCUUGUCCUCCUAUGCCUCUGUGAAAGAGAAUGCUGGCAAGAAAGGAAAUAUUAUCUUAGCUGUCUCAGACUAUAUCGCCAAAGUUCUUCACUUGCAUCAAGGUGAGAAAAAGAUAGAAGAGAUGUUACCCUUGGGACCAAACAAAGCUCUUUUUUAUAAAGGAGUGGCAUCAUAUCUUUUGCCAGGGCAGAAAUCUCCAUGGUUAGUUCAAAAACCCAAAGGGACAAUAACAGACAAGCAAGUAGUGAGUUUAAACCCUGAAUCUAAGCAAGAAGUCCCUAUGUGUGUAGAUCCUGAGUCCAAGCAAGAAGUUCCAGUGUGUAGUAAUCCUGAGUCCAUGCAAGAAGUUCCCAUGUGUGUGGAUCCUGAAUCCAACCAAGAGGCUUCCAUGUGCACAGAUCCUGAAUCCAAACAAGUUCCCAUGUGCACAGAUCCUGAAUCCAAACCAGAAGUUCCCAUGUGCACAGAUCCUGAAUCCAAGCAAAAAUUACCUCCAGAAACAGAGGCUGAAUUUAAUCUAGAAGUACUCAUGGGUACACACCCUGAAAUUAAACAAGAAGACACCAUGGAUAUGGAACCUGAAAUUAAACAAGUAAGCAUGGUUUCAGACUCCAAAAUCUUAAAGGUUGCCAGGAUGAAUCAUGUCCACUCAGAAAGCUACCUAGUCUACAACAUUAUGAGCAGUGGAGAGAUCGAGUGCAGCAACACCCUGGAGGAUGAGCUGGACCAAGCUCUACCCAGCCAAGCCUUCAUCUAUCGCCCAGUCCGGCAGCGUGUGUACUGGCUUUUACUUGGGGACUGGAAAGAUGGAGCCAGCACCGGCCCCGUGGUCAAGGAGUGGUUUGUGUACCCUGGGAACCCCCUGAAGCAGCCAGACCUUGUUAGGCCUCUGCAGAUGACUGUUCAAGGGGGAACACCUAGUUUGGAAGUUUUGUGGCUGAGCCAAGAGCCAGCGGCACAGGCCCGGCGCCUGGACACUUUGCUAGCCUGCUUCAACCUCUCCUCCUCAAGAGAAGAGCUACAGGCUGUUGAGAGCCCGAUGAGAGCGCUGUGCUGCCUCCUAAUCUACCUCUUUGUCCAGGUGGACACUCUUUCCCUGGAAGAUCUACAUGCGUUUAUUGCUCAGGCUUUGUGCCUCCAAGGAAAAUCAACCUCACAGCUUAUGAACUUACAGCUGGAUUACAUUAACUCCAGAGCUGUGCAGCUGGGGUCCCUCCUCGUCCGAGGCCUCACCACAUUGGUACUAGUCAACAGUGCGUGUGGCUUCCCUUGGACAACAAGCGAAUUUAUGCCCUGGAAUGUGUUUGAUGGCAAGCUUUUCCAUCAGAAGUACCUGCAGUCUGAAAAAGGAUAUGCUGUGGAGGUUCUUUUGGAACAAAAUAGAUCGUGGCUCACCAAGUUCCACAACCUGAAGACAGUGGUCUGCAAGGCCUGCUCAAAGGAGAACCGACGCAUUGUAGGCAGAACACAUUGGAAUUCUCACUAUACAGGGAGACUGGGGAGACAGGGCUCCAGCUCCCACAGGACAGGCUCCACACAUGGCCAUCCUGGGCAGCCAUGGAGAGAUCAGGGUUCAGGAGGCAGACAGUAUGAGCAUGACCAGUGGAGACGAUACUAGACGUCUUGCAGAAAGUGUGGGAAGAGGAUGCAGUGCCCAGACUCCACCCUCCUUCAGAGUAAUGUCACCCAGUCUCACCAGCAAGGCCGAUGGCAACUGGGACCACACUUCAAAGGAAGGAAAAAUUACCUUUCAGAGGUUUUUCCCACAUGUAUUGUAAAAAAUGUCCAUUGGUUUGGUUUCAAAGGUUGCUCCUGACUCCAUGGCCCACAACAUUCAUCACUAGCACCACAUAUGCUCUCCCGAUCUUAGCAGGACUCUAGAUUGUGAAAAUGUUUUCCCAAAUCAUUAGUCUUUGAAAUCAUGGAGUCUUAGUUACUUUUCUGUUACUGUGAAAAGACACCAUGACCAAAGCAACUUAUAAAAGGAAGCAUCUGACAUGGGGCUCAAGGUUCCAGAGGGUAGCAGAGUCCAUGACCAUCAUGUCAGAGAGCAUGGUGGCAGGCAGGCUAAUGAA